AUGGUGCUAUUGGUCCAAACGAUAAUUGGUUUGUGUCGUUUGGCUAAUAAAAGAAUAGAGAAGACUAGUCUGUACCCAAAUGUAAUUAUGAGAGGAACAAAAUUAAUAUUGAUGGAGGUAGGAAAUGUAAAAUUUCUGGAUUCUCUCAAUUAUUUUCCUAUGCCUCUAACUGCUCUACCCAAGGCGUUUGAUUUGAAAGAGCUAAAGAAAGGAUACUUUCCACAUCUAUUCAACACUUUGGCUCAUCAGAAUUAUCUAGGGCCAAUUCCAGCGCUCGACUUCUACGAUCCCGACCAUUUAAAAGAAGACACUCGGGAAAAAUUAUUAAAAUGGCAUGGCGAAAGAGAAGCGGAGGGAUACGUUUUUGAUUUUCAGAAAGAAAUCGUUGAAUACUGUAUCUCCGAUGUGGAAAUAUUGACACAGGCGUGUCUCAAAUUUCGAGACCUGAUGAAAACCGAAACCACAGUCGAUCCCUUCCAGGAAAGCACCACUAUUGCAUCAUGCUGUAACAAAGUCUUUAGACGCAAUUUUUUAAAACCUGAGACGAUCGGGGUAAUUCCAAAAGGGGGCUAUAGAUGGCGUGAAAAUCAGUCAAAAAUUGCCAUCCAAUGGAUGUUGUGGGAGGAACAUCAAAGAGGAAUCAAAAUUCAACACGCCGCUAAGGGUAUAGAAACCAUUGUUAAGGGACAUAAAGUAGACGCCUCUCUGUCGCAGAUGUCAGGACUUAUUAAAUGCCAGAUUCUACCGAACCAGAACUUAUAUCACCCCGUUUUACCGUCAAAAAUGAACAACAAAUUGAUGUUUGUUAACUGUCAAAAAUGUGGUGAAGAUUUCGUUCGAGAAGAGUGUCAGCAUUCUAUUCAAGAAAGAAGCCUAAAAGGAACUUGGGUGAUAGAAGAGGUGCUCAAAGCUAUUGAAAAAGGUUACCAGAUUAUAGAGACUUACGAAAUAUGGGAAUACGAUACAAUUCAGCUCAGUAAAGACCAAGAGGGGUUAUUUAGCGGAAUGAUGAACAAGUUUCUACAAAUAAAACAACAAGCUUCAGGAUGGCCCAAACAUUGCUUAACGGAUGAAGAAAAAAACCGUUAUAUUGAUGCAUUUUUGGAUACAGAGGACAUAAAGCUGGAAUUUUCAAAAAUUAUAGAGAACCCCUGUUUGAGAUCGUUAGCUAAACUUAUGCUGAAUUCUUUUUGGGGUAAAUUUGCUCAAAAAGAAAACCAAAACAAAACCUCAAUAGUCAGAGACUGUGGUGAAUUCUUUGAUAUGCUGACUAAUCCUUCUAUUCAUGUAAAUACAGUUCUCCCGGUAAACGAAGAAACCCUUCUCGUAACUUGGGAAUUUAGAGAAGAGGCGUAUGACGUUUCUUCAACGGUUAACGUUGUAUUGGCUUCAUACGUCACGGCCCUAGCUAGACUAAAAUUAUAUUCAUUCUUGGAGAAAGUGGAAGAAAGGGCAGUUUACGUAGAUACAGAUUCAUGUAUUUAUAUCUCUCGUAAGGGAUUAGACGACAUAUCUACAGGCGACUUCAUAGGUGAUAUGACCGAUGAGCUCAAUGGGGGUUUCAUAUCAGAGUUUGUUUCUGGAGGACCUAAGAACUACGCCUACAAAUAUACUACUUUGUCUGGAGAGGAACAGAUCGUAUGUAAAGUAAAAGGCAUAUCACUCAACUACAAGGCAUCCCAAGUGGUCAAUUUUGAGAAAAUAAAAGACAUGGUGCUGAAGAAAUCUGAUCCUGUUUCUGUACUUUCUCGACAGCUACGACGUACAAGAGAGCAUGCAGUAGUAACAGUCGAGUUUCCUAAGCUAUACAAGAUAACUUCAAUGAAAAGGAAAUUCUAUGAAGAUCAUACCUCUGUACCAUUUGGAUUUAAGAAAAUAAAAUAUUGA